ACGGGGCCUGAUCCAACAGUCACCAACAACUAUCGUAUGGUGGGAGGUGAUCGGCCGGUACUCUCAUCGGUUAGCCGACGGCUAGCGCCUACUAUAAUCUUUGGGAAGCACACACGACUUUUCCUUGGCUGUUCAGGUCAACAACCACCUUGCCCCGUGGGCCGUGGCUUCCUGCUGCUCCCGUUGAUUUCUUGGCAGCGUCCGUCCACAGCUAGAAACCAAAGCACACUCGUCUUCUUCCUUCCCCAUUCUGUCGGCUACUCUUCUUCCUCCUCCUCCCGCUGCGAGCGAUCCAUGGACGCGUCGUCGUCGGAGGACCGUCAGUCACCACGCAGCAGGCAGCUGCAGCUGCAGGGCCCGCGCCCCCCGCGGCUGUCCGUCAGCAAGGACUCCCACAAGGUCAGGAAGCCGCCCGUCGUGCCGCUGCCUUACGGAGCCCGGCAGCAAGCCCCCAACCACCGCCACCAGCGAGCUCAGCCGCAGCCGCAGGCGCAGCAGCCGCGGGCGCCGGUCAUCAUCUACGACGCCUCGCCCAAGGUCAUCCACACCCAGCCCGGCGAGUUCCUGGCGCUCGUCCAGCGCCUCACCGGCCCGGGCGCGCCGGCCCAGUACUCUAACUCUACCGAGGCGGCGGCGGAGCCCUCUGCCGUGCCGCCGCAGUUUCAGCCGCAGGAAUCACUUUUCUCGCCGGCAGCGAGGUACGCCGCCAUCGAGAGGUCCGUCCGGCCGCUGCCGCCAGGGCCCGCGCCGUACGCCGGCUCCUGGCUGGAUCUGGAUGGCUUCGCCGAGGUCCUCGGCUCGGGACGGCCCGGGAUCCUCUCGCCCGUGCCGUCGGCGCUGCCGGCGGCGGCCUCGGUGGGGCUGUUCUCGCCGCUGCCCUUCGACACCGGCUCCCUGUCCUGGCUCAACGACCUGAGCCCGUUCCUCGCCUCCGCCGGCGCCCGCGACGCGCCGCCCUUCGCAUCGAGCCCCGGCGGCCUGCUGCUCGCCACGCCCACCGUGCCCUCGCCGGGGAUGAUGAUGAGGUUCUUCAGCGACUUUCCGGACCUGUAAAUUAACUUUACUAUUUGAUUUGAUUUUUUUUUCUGCGUCCGGGUUUAAAUGGCUGCCUCAGAACUACCAGCGAGUAGGUGUGCUUCGUCUGUGGGUGGUUGGCUAAUCAAUCGGGAAAAAAAAUACUCCUGCUGAUUGAGUAUUAAAUUGAGUAGAUAGAUAGACAUUGCUCCUGUUCAUUGUUUCACAUUGUCAACUGAUUGAGUAGGUAGAAUGGUAGUGUAGGUUGUGCUAAUCCUUGUUUCAAGAUUAUUGACUCUUGGUCUUGGGAGCCAACCAUGUUUGGUGUGUGGGUGCUUCUUUCAAUUCAUUCUAAUUGUGUUACUUGUAAACGAAGGUGUGAUAUGUCGUUUCUUGCCUUGUUCUUAUUUUAAGUUUGAUGGUUAUAUGCUUU